AUGAUCCUCAAUGUCAUUCCUUAUUCAGUUGUGGACGACAGAGUUGUUGCUUAUGGCUCAAUAGAGUACAGUAUGAAUGAAUUUGAAUUCGGAGCUCAAAUGGCUGCUACCAGAGUCAUUGCUGAGUGGCUUGAAAUUAAAAUUUAUACUCAAGAGGAAUGGGAUCAUCUUCAAGGAACUUAUCAUGAGCCGACAAAGACUGUGAUGGUUCAUGUCAUUUACUUUUCCCACGAUGCAGAUGAUUCUUUGAUUUAUGUUCCUGUAAAUAUUUUGCCUGAAGGAGUUCACGGCAUUGAAGCUCCAAUUAGAAAUGAAGAAAUUUUGUUGCAAAACUAUACGCAAUCACUGCAAUACAAUUACCUAGAAAAGGCUCUUAAAGGUGAAGAAAUUUCUUAUCCACUGCCAAUUAUUCACAGCAAUCCUGACUAUGCUUCGGUUAGUUUUCUUGAUUAUCAACCUUUUUGUGGAUUUGUGGAAACAUGGUCCACAAGCAUUUUUUCAAGACCUCAUGAGAAGUGGCAGCAUUACACUGUAACUAAAGGCCAACUUCCGACAGAUGAAGCUCUCCAAAGUAUUAAAGGAAUAGUUCUUUUAGGUGGAGGAUUUUCUGCCAAUGAUCAGUUUGAAUGGAUGAUUAAUUUAAAAUCUUUAUUGAGGAAGGUAAAUACAAAUUACCCAAAUAUUAAGCUGAUUGGCAUCUGUUUGGGAGCUCAAAUUAUUGCCGAUACCUUUGGAGGAGCUGUUGAAAAAAUUCCCAAUAGGUACAUUUUAAAGUAUGAUGCAAUUACGACAACCCAGGAAUUUAGAGAGAGAUUUGCAAACAUUAGAGAAGAAUAUAAAAUUGCCGAAAAUCAUGGAGAAAAUGUAGUUAGGCUUCCUGAAGGCUCUGAAAGAUGGGGAUACUCAGAAAAUAGUCCAAAUGAAAUUUUUGGAAUUCAAGGAAAAUGGCUAUGCUUUCAAGGACACCCAAAUUAUGUUGGAAAAUACCCAGAGUGCUACAAUGUGCCUUGGUUUGUGAAUAAGAAAAUGAUUACAAAGGAAGAAGGUGAUCAAAUAAUAAUUGACCAAAAUGAAUACCGCUCUCACACUAUUGAAUUGUUGGGGCUGAUUAAGAAUUUUUUGAGAAAUUAA